AUGGUUUCAUCCAUCUUCAUCUGGAAUGUUAGAGGUUUGGGUACUGAGGAAAAGCGAGAUAGAAUCAAAUAUAUUGUGGGAAGAAAAAACCCGAAAAUUGUUGCUCUCAUCGAAACAAAAUGGAGUACCUGUAGCAUUGAGCAGAUUUCCAGCAUUAGUGGCUCACGUGAUGUGGGUUGGAAGGCAAAAGAUGCUAGCGGAAGUUCGGGUGGUAUCGCCAUUUACCGGGACAAGAAUCUAUACAGGGAAGUCACAAAUUUUAUUGGGUCUCACUUUAUCGCCAUUGAGUUCGAAGAUAUUCCUGGAUCUAAGUACUGGACUCUUGUGGUUGUUUAUGGUCCCCAGAAUAGAACUGAGAAAUUGAGGUUUAUGUCUGAGAUUGAGGCUUUUUAUAGACAACUCCAGAACCCGUUUUGUUUGGCUGGUGAUUUCAAUUUGAUCAGAAGCCAUGAAGAUUAUAUUGGGGCGGAUAGGAAUUCAGAUUUGAUGAAUAAAUUCAACGAAACUAUAGACAAUCUGGCUGUUUGA